AGCUGUGCUCGAAACGUGCACCAACUUGCGCGUGCGUCCAUUCCACGCGGACUGUACUAGACUAUACAUAAAAUAAAAACAGCUGCUGCUCCGAAGUGUGCGUGCGCGCGACAGACACAUUCAACCGCCAAAAAUCCAAGAGGUCCGCUGCAGGGACCUCUGCAGGAGUCAUCGCCGCUCUUGGGCGGUUUAAAAGUCAAGUCGGCCUUUGCAUUUCGCCUAUGCAGAGGUAUACAGAUCUAUUUUACGUUUUUGAUUAUUUUCUGCGCAGCAUUAGUUUGUAUCUAUAGGUUGUUUCGUUUUUAAAUAUUGCGACGCGUAAAGUGUACGUUUUUGUUAGUCGUUGAUAUGCUCCUUAUCUUUGAGAUUAAGUUUUGAAAUAUUAAUACGAACACGAGUGAUCUGCGAUAUCGUUGGCGGACGAUUAUAACACGCAUUAGUGCCUUACUGUUAUCUACUGCAACUUGUUUACGAAUCGAACUGUAGUGUCUAUAACCUCAAAGAUGUCGAAAGCCGUGGCGAAAAAAGCACCGAGAAAGAAAGGAGCUAAUGGAUAUAAAAUGCCUGAUCCUAUUCCAAAGGGUGAGAUUGUCACUGAUUUGAAGAAGCAGAAAUGGAUUUUUGGCUCGUCCAUCGGCGUCGGUGGCUUCGGAGAAAUUUACGCCGCUGCACUUUACAAAGACAAAACUCCAACGGACUAUCCAGCAGUCAUCAAAAUUGAGCCACAUGGAAAUGGACCGUUGUUUGUUGAAAUGCACUUUUACAUGAGAAAUGCUAGUCCAAAUGACAUAAAUAACUGGAAGAAAGAAAAGAAACUUCCACAUCUUGGAAUGCCACCAUUUCUAGCUUCUGGAAGUCAUGAAUGCAAUGGGGAAAAGUAUCGAUUUAUUGUGAUGGAACGCUAUGGCACAGAUUUGUGGAAACUAUUUUUGGAAAAUGACAGAAUAUUCCCAGAACACACUGUAUACAAAGUGUCUUGGCAAAUUAUAAAUGUUCUAGAAUACAUUCACAAUAAGACAUAUGUGCAUGCUGAUAUAAAAGGAGCAAAUUUAUUACUUGAUUUAAAGUCACAAAACAACGUUUACUUAGUUGAUUUUGGUUUAGCAUCACAUUAUACUACAAAAGAUGAAUAUAAGUUGGAUCCAAAGAAAGCUCACAAUGGUACCAUAGAGUACACGAGUAGAGAUGCUCACAUGGGAGUACCAACCAUGAGAGGUGACUUUGAAAUUUUGCUUUAUAACAUGAUCCAGUGGAUAUGUGGUGCAUUACCAUGGGAGAAAAAUUUGAAAGAUCCAGGACCAGUACACCAACAAAAAGAGAAAGCAUUUAACAAUGUACAAACGUUUUUAAAAGAAUGCUUUAAAACAUCUGAAAUUCCUACACCUAUUAGUCAAUUUAUGACCUUACUGGCUUCAAUCAAAUUUAACGAGACCCCUAAUUAUAAUACAUUUAGAGACAUUCUCGUUAAAGGUUUGCAAAAACUUAAUCAUACUCCUACUGGGAAGUUAGAAUUCUCAAGAAAGAAAGUCGAUAAAUUACCAUCAACUCCAAAGAGAACAAAAGCAAGUGCUGCUGAAACUAAAGGAUCUGCUAAAAAAUCAAAACCAGAACCAAAAGCCAAACCAGUACCAGCUGCUAAAAGCCCAAGAGGCAAACGAAAUAUUCUACCACUUAAUGAAUCUCUUAAUAGUAGUAUUGAUUCAGUAGUCUUGAAUGAAAAAUGUAUUAAUGGAAGAGAUAUGAGAAGGCAGUUAGCGAAUAUUGAUUGUGAUGCUGAGUAUGAAGUGCAAAUAAAAAAAAGAAAAAAUAAAACCAGUCCAAAAGACAGUGCAACACCAACAAAACCACCUGCUAAGAGAGGUCGAAAAAAAAUAAUACAGCCAGAAGACUUAUCUGGCUCUGAUUCUGAACCCGAGGUAGUAACAAGAGGAACGAAAACUCGUCCAGGCUCCAAACCGACACCAAAAACCCGUCAAAAGACCGUAGCUAAAAAACGACUAUCCGAAUAUGACAGUGAAAAGGACAUGUUUGAGGAAAGUCUUGAUGACUGAAUAAUAAUACGAAUCUCGAAGUCAAUUUAUUUUAAAGUAAAAACAACUUGACUUGUAUCAAAUGUUUUGCGAACGUUUAGUCGCAGGACAAAGAAAAUUAAAGCUGGGAAAUUCUAUUAAAAGCUAUUAAUGAUGAUUUGUUAGGUUUACCAGUGACUGUUGAACAGUAUUGAAUCAACUUAAGCGAUGCUAUUUUGUAAUUAGAGUUUUUAUAAUAUUAAAUAAGAUUAGACUUUUAGAAGAAAAUAAGCCUUAUUUUUAAUACAAUUUUUUUUAAAUAAAUAUUUUACAUUCUUUGUGUUACAUUCUUAUAUCGUACAGAUAUAGUUAUACUUAACUGAACGCAUUAUUUAUAAUCAUUUUUUACAGUCAUUCCUUAAUAUAAUGAUUGGCAUUAAAUACAACAACUUUAAAAACUCAA